AUGGCACAAACGAACGCAUCCCUCCUCCCGCUCAUCCCUCGGGUUUUCUUCCUCUUCCUCGAACCAGUACUCGUUACGUAUGGCGGUCUCAUGCAAUAUGCCACCUCCCACGACAUCUUGGGGCUAUCGGCCUCCAACGGGCCCCUGCCAACCCCAACCCUGCUCAUGCCGUCGCUGUCCGCAAGCUACCUGUUCAGCAUGAUGCUCUACGGCCUCAUCAUCCUGCUCGCCUCGCCGCCGAACAAGCGGCUCGUGCAGCUGCACAUAGGCGUCCUGAUCCUGGCCGACUUCACCCACUGGGCCGGGCUCUUCUCGACAAUAGCGCGGAGCGACCCUCGCGGAUGGCCUGCCGUGCUUGACACGAGCGCGUGGAGCCCGGAGACUUGGACUCUGGCGAUUUACCCUAUUUAUACGCUGGCCAUCAAGUUCGCGACUCUGGCUGGGGUGUUUGGGAAGAUCAAGGGCUAG